AUAGGUAUCUUGGGUCGACCAUGCCCAGCGGCGUCAGUUUGUGACAUUUCGGCUGGGGGCGUCCAGUGGUGUGCGUUGUUUUGUGUUGGAGGUGUUCGUGUUGAAAACAUCCACGAGAUAUCUUUCAUUAUCCACUGAAUGCCUGUCAUCCUUGCAAGAAGCUUAAGUGGAAAGUAAAGGAUGUGCUAACAAGUAACAAGUUAACAACACCACUUGUUGCACUUCUUUGGGCCGUCGUGGUCGUGACUCGUGAUUGCCUUGUCUCAGUUUCAAGAGUUGGUGUUCUGGUUUAAUCGGGCCCUUCACCUUCUCUAAAUUUCCUGGACAUUUGUAGCACAAUAAAUUUUAAUCCAUUGAAGAGACUCAGACUUCAGCACUUCACAAUUUCAAUAGAGCACCGCGGUGCCACCAUGGAGUCGGCGCCGGCGGACGGACCCCGGAACGGGAACCUCAACAUCAGCGAUGUCUUGGAUGUAAUACAGACGGACCUGGACUACGCUGACACAAACAUGGCUGGAUACGCGCCGGCCGGACCAGUGCCGCGGCCCGACGAGUUCGACCCCCUCAUCCGAGCCAGGCGGCAGGCAGAGGUGGAGAUCACCGAGCAGCCGGCCUCCAAGGCACUCCGGUUCCGGUACGAGUGCGAGGGCCGCUCGGCCGGCAGCAUCCCCGGCGCCAACUCCACCGCCGACAACAAGACCUUCCCCAGCGUGCGCGUGGUGGGCUACCAGGGCCCGGCCGUGGUGGUCGUCUCGUGUGUCACCAAAGACCCGCCGUACCGGCCGCACCCGCACAACCUGGUCGGAAAGGACGGCUGCAAGAAGGGCGUCUGCACGGUGAACCUGAACGUGGAGACGAUGUCGGUAACGUUCCAGAACCUGGGCAUCCAGUGCGUGAAGAAGAAGGACGUGGAGGAGUCGCUGCGGCUGCGCGAGUCGAUCCGAGUCGACCCCUUCCAGACCGGGUUUGACCACCGCCUCCAGCCGACCACCAUCGACCUGAACGCCGUGCGGCUGUGCUUCCAAGUGUUUGUCGAGGGCCACAAGCGGGACCAGUACGUGGUGCCGCUCAAACCUGUCAUCUCGGACGCCAUCUACGAUAAAAAGUCCAUGUGUGAUCUGGUCAUAUACAAAAUGUCCGACUGUUCGGCCUCAGUGGCCGGUGGAAAGGAUAUCAUCCUACUCUGCGACAAAGUCACCAAAGACGAUAUUGAGGUGCGGUUCUUCGAGGUUCGCGACAACCGACUGCACUGGGAGGCAUUCGGCGAGUUCUUGCCUGCCGAUGUGCACAAACAAGUCGCAAUCUGCUUCAAAACGCCACGCUACGCAUCACUAGAGCUGGAGUCGCCGGUGCGCGCGCAGAUCCAGCUGCGCCGGCCGUCCGACAAGCAGUGCAGCGAGGCGCGUCCCUUCACCUUCACACCGCUCGACUCAGACGGUAUAGAGGAGAAGAAGAGGAAGAUGGCGCGCAACUCUGGCCGUCUUCAGCAGUACCUGGCCGAUAACCUGGGCGGCGAUCAGGGUCCCAGCGUGGGCCGGCCGUUCGGCGAUCUCGGCGCGCGACCCAAGGUCAAGGCCGCCGCCAAACGGAUGAAGCAGAUCAAACCGGAGCCCGUCGACGCUCCGGCCGCCUCCGAUCCGGUGUUCGUGCCCUCCUCUGCCGGCCGGGGGGCGGCGGCCGCCGGCGGGGCGGCCAUCGUCUCGCCGUCGGGGAUGUCGGGCGGCGGCAUCGUGCAGCAGACGCAGUACAUCCGUCCGGGCGGCGCGGCCGGCGCCGAGCCCAUCAAGGCCGAGUACCUGUACCCGGUGCCGGGCGGGCCGCAGUACCAGGGCUACCGGUCGCCGCAGCACCCGGCCGCCACGCCGCCGCCGCCGCCGGGCGCCGUCUCGCCGGGUCCGCCGCCGCCGCCGCCGCCGGCCGGGCAGCACCAGCUGUUUGACAUGGACGCGCAGCGACCGGUCACCUCGGCGGCCAACAUCGAGCUGGACCUGAGCCAGCUGAACUCUGCCGACCUGAACCUUCUCAGCUUCCCCUCCGACCUGGACGCCAACCAGCAGGCCAUCGAGGGCCACCUCUCCAGUAACCUGUCGCAGAGUCUCAGUUUCCUGGAGGAGGGCGACGCGCCGCCGCCGCCGCCGCCGCCGCCGGCCGCCGUGGCCGUGGCGCCGCGGCCCGAGCUGGCCGGUCAGGACGAGCCGCAGGACGCCCAGAUGGACAGCUUCACCCGCAACACCAUCAGCGAGCUCGAGUUCCUCAACCAGCUGAGCAAGCGGUGAGCGGCGCCGCCGGCCGGGCGGGAGUACAGUGAUCUCCGGAGACGGGUGAAAGGCUUGUGAGCUGGGCGGUGGGCGCCGCCAGAGGUGGGCGGACGGACUGCGGGCGGCGGGACGGCCGGCCGCUGGGAGUAUCCGGCCGCGCAGUACUGCUGUGUGGACCCGCGGACAGAGACCGGCCGACGCCGGGCCGUGCCGGUCAGAGAGGUUGUGUGACAUCACUCUCAUCUCAUACGAGAUCCACGGCUACCGGCUUUGUGGAACACCUAGUGUUCAGAUCGCACCCAUCAUGUUGUUUAGUAGACGCUUCGUAUGUGCUGUAUCCGCCGGGAAAGAACUUUGCGCCAUCCCAUGUGAAAUCGCAAUAUUGGCGUGCCGGUGGUCGGGCGGGUCGCGAAGCGCGCCCUGCAAUCUAUUUGAUGUGAUUUGUGAUGUGUUGUUUAUCAGUGCCGAAUGACGUUACUUGGUGCAUAAUUGGUGGUCGUUUGUAUGACGUGCAGAGCGCUGCCAUUGGUGGAUAGCUAGUAUUUUCGUAUUUGUGUUGGUGACAUUGUCGAGGCAGUAUUUGCGGAGCCGGCCGCUGUUUUGGCCGGUUCGUCCUGCUGCGUUUUUGCAAUAAAAUAGUGUAUGCAAUCAUA